GGCCAACGAGUUAGUCAUUCUUUUCUCAGCAAUACAUCAACUGUUCAAUUUCAAGGAAAAUCGUUAGAGUCAUUUUUUGAGAUCAGUGAACAGCGUCCAGGCCUGUUCCUGCUGGUUCUAGAAGUUCUGACUUGAAUAGAGGUGUUCUGUCACUGUGCUCUAACACCGCCAUGUCACAUUCCAGUCACGACCUGUGCAGGACGAGUCUCCGGGAAUACAUUCGCAACUGUUCGUCUGCUGGCUCACGUCUGGUUCGUCAUGUGGAAAAUUACAGUGCCAACUUAGAGUUGACGAAUCUGUCACAUCUUCCCAUAGAAGUGGGAAACUUCACUGACCUAUAUAAUGUCUUGAGGAGGUACAAGCAAGUUUUCCGAGAUUUGAACACUAGCCCUCGGGCUGAAAUGGCCAGUUCAAAGCUCAGAGCUGUGAUUGGUGCGACCUCUCUUGCAGUACGCCACAUGGAGCACGUGGGGCGCCUCCACAGCCCCACCCCGGUCGAAAGACUCUCGUUACCAGCCCAUACACACACCCUGGGGCAGGUUUGGUACGUCACUGAAAGAUAUAAAGCCAUGUUGAGUUACUGGGCCUUUGUCUGCAUUGAAUGUUAACAAACUUUUCCUAUUCCCACUUGUUACAUACACAGGAAACAAAACGUUUGAAAUGGACUGAACUGAAUUGACAAAGAAAAGACGGAGAUCUGGAUAUAUAUUGUUACGUAUUUCUGAUUUUCUGGCUAAAUGUACUAGGCACACAAAUAAAAGAAACUCUGCAAAGAACUUGACGACUCAACUUUCAGCUUUAAAUAACUUUAUUGAAUUAUAACUAUAACAAUUCGUCACUGUAACAUGUAGCGUAUACGUCUUACAUCGACUGUAUCGACUGUAACGGCUCAAGUCCACUCUCUUCUACUGUCUCGCACAGUAGAGAACAGUAUCGACGACUGUACUGACUCUUUUCACAUGAACAUCUCUGGUUUAUAAAGAGUCCCUAAUCGCUUGUCUAUUGUUGCAAAAACACUGCUAGUACCCUCUGGAACAACAUGGGAGGAAACAUCACAUCCUGUUGUUGUUUAUACAUGUCGAUUCCAGAGGAUGCCUGCUGCAGUGUCAUCUCGCCGAGGUCACACGUAGUGACCUCUAACUGUCACUGUUCAUUUGUCACAAUGCCCCCCUUCGUAAAUCUGUUCGUCCUCUGGAACAACACGUGAGGCACGUCCCAUCCUGUCUUUGUUUACAUGCAUAGAUUCCAGAUAACACUCGGUGCUGU